AGCUCUUGGUCUCCGAAUUGCUAAGCUCUUCUCGUAAUGUGAUCAGUUGUGACCAAAGAGAAUACUGCAGCCUCCAAGACAUCUGUAAGAUCCACAUCCCUCCAACACAGAGAAAGAUCACUGCAAACUGCUCCCAUUCUUGUCAGAAAGAUGCUGGAAGGUUGGAUAUUGACCAUCCUGGUAUCUGUCGGUGUCGGCUCCCUCCUGUUUAUGGUGGCGCUGCUGAUCCUCCUCAGAAACAACAUCCAUGCUACUAUGUUCUGGAAUGAAAUCGUGCUAGAGAAAAUCACCAACUUCGUCAUGGAUCAAAGCAAAGAGCAGCGGAUCUUAAACUCUGUGUCCUACAAUGCCGUCAAAGGGGAUCCCGAGAGCGUCUUGGACUGCAUCGACAACUACUGCUCCCAGAAGGAGUGGGCCAUGAACGUGGGCGAUGAGAAAGGUGUGAUCCUAGAUAAGGUUGUCGAGGAGGCGGACCCUACCAUCGCUUUGGAAUUUGGAACGUACGUGGGCUACUCGGCGAUCAGGAUCGCACGCCUUUUGAAGCCAAACGCCCGUCUUCUUACCAUCGAAUUCAAUCCCGAGUUUGCCUCCAUUGCCAGAGAGAUCAUUGAAAUUGCUGGACUCAGCGAGAAGAUCACAAUCAUCGAGGGCCAUUCUCAGGACAUCAUCCCACAGCUGAGGGAAAAACAUCAGGUGGACAAGGUCGAUUUUGUCUUUCUGGACCACUGGAAAGAAAGAUACUGUCCCGACACCAUCCUCCUUGAAGAAUGUGGCUACCUAAGGAAGGGCUCCAUCCUUCUGGCGGACAACAUCGUCUACCCGGGAGCUCCAGAUUUCAUCAAGUACAUCCGUAGCCACAAAAGCUUUGACUGCACUAACUACCCCUCUCACCUGGAGUACAUGAAAGUGGAGGACGCAAUGGAAAAGGCCGUUUACAUGGGAUGAGAGGGAGAGUAUUACAACCUUAGUGUCGAGCCACUGCUUGUAUGUGUGAGCACACAGCGUAGUCCUGUCUGUGGGUCGGCGUUAGCUUUCUGUAGUUUUGGGCUUGUGGUUAAAGCAAAUUUGUCACAGUAGAACAAGUUGCAAAGAAGGCAAGUCAGCAGGAGAACAAGGGAGCUUCUGUUAUGGUCAACUGAAUUCUUAGACCCACUGAAAUGAAUGAACAUGGCCAGCCUAGGUUCAUUGAUUUCAGUGGGUAUACCCAGAGUAGACCUUAGCAGGAUACAACCCCUUGUGUAUAAAUAGGCUAGGCAGCUAAGGAGCCAUAUCGAGGUGAUGGGCAGUUUUGUUACAUUUCCAUUUAAGCAAAUGACCAUUUUCAUUGAUGGAUGGCUCCUAUUGGAUUUCUGCUUUUUACCCAACAAUGCCAAAGCCCAGUGGCUCGCUCUCUAUAUGGGUUAAGCUAGUCUUUGUGUUUCUCAGCCAAACAAGACCAAAUUGCCUUUGGAGACUGACAUAAAAGGGGUAUUUCU